ACAGUCCUCAUUAAAAUUCCCUGUCCGUACACUGAGCACGAAAACCUCCUCUCUCUUUUUUUUUAGUGGGUGGCACCGGCGUCCUGCGCGCCUCUUAAUUGCGCACCGAGCGUUAAAGGAGCGAUCACCGGAUCACGCUGCCUUGGAGGCGGACAGUCGCUGCCGGUGUUCACGGCAGCAGGGGGGGAAAGAGAGAGAGGUAAAGGUGGGCGCACAGGUCCAGAGGUCCGGCAGAAGGGUGUCGCCCCUUGCGCAUCGAGUCCAGCGCCCCGGACGCACCGCGGAGCCACACAGACACGAUCCGCGCCCGCAGUCCGCAGCCGGGGCUCAUGAUUUUGACAUUUCUCGGCGGGCAACAUGUGCGCCUGGACGGUGUGAAGUGUGACACGGCGGCUUUUGGGGAGCAUUUCUCUCGGAUACGCCAAGUACCCGACGAUACGGCGCACCUUGUGUAAUAGAGAACCAUGAGCACUGUGGAGGAGGAGCCGGACCACAUGAUACCAUGAAGACAAGCCUGCAGGUCCUGCGCUGCCAGCUGCUGAGUGUUCUAGCAUUCCUAGCACUGCCAGUAGGCCUGGUGUCAUCAGCACAGGAGCUGUACCUCAGCCAGACGUCCCAGGACUCUGUCUCCAUGGCAGCCACCCACAACAGCCCCCUGUCUCCCCCCAAACCUCCCCGACUGGAAUGGCAUCAAGAAGGCUCCAGUAGCGGGGAAUGGCCAUCCAAAAGCACGCAACCCGCAAACAUCAUCCUUCCUACUGCUGCCCUCCCUCCUUUAGCCUCGCUUCGCACCACCCAAACUUCCAGCCGCGAGGAUCCUCCCAUCUACGACGCAAACACUGUCAUCCCAAACACUGUGAGCACUGACAGCCGAGUGAAUCUGCCCAACUCUGAUACUGUAAACCAAGGCCUCAUGCACAAAUUGGUCAGGGUACCUCAAGUCCAUAACCCAGUUACUGUCAGCACUAACCAGGCCAGCAGCAGCAGCAGCCCUGAAUUUUCCAGCACAGCGUUCCCAAAUAUAGAUGCGGAAUCUGCUGCGAGAGGAGCUCCAAACCCCCUGACUCUUGCGUCCAACUCUGGACCGGACAGAGGGGAUACACUCGAUGCACACCACAUAGAGCCUCAGAAGCUGAGCGUGGAGGAACCCACCGACCCCAGGCAGCUUCCAGCUCGGCAGCCUUCCUCCCUGACCUCCCUCUCCUCUUCCUCAGCGGACGCCGAUGCCGCACGAGGCCUGAAACUCAGGGAGCAUGCCGCAGGAUCCCCAGAGCUCCCCGCCCACCACACCAUCACCCUGCGGGAGGUGCACGGAGUGAACGAACCCCCCACUGCUGAGCUGGUGGUGGAGCCAAAGGGGGCAUCUGUCAGUCCAGCUGAGAUCCCACCAGAGAAUCUAACCUCCACUGCGUCCAGCCCGGCCCAGUCCACAGAGCCGAGCCUCAAAUCACAGAACCCGACAGGCAUCCCAGUCAACCGCACUGCAACCAACGGGACCAGCACUGAGGAAGGUCAAGUGGUUCGAGGCAACGGCACAGACAGCCCCCCUGUGGGACACUUCCUGGGGAAUGUAACGGCGUUCGGAGGGCUGCCCUCCAACAGCAGCUCGGUCGAGGAUUCGCCCGCUCAGGGGAACAGCUCCGAGCCCCCCUCCACCGCCAGCGGGAACUUCUUGAACAGGCAGGUUCCGGCCACCACGCACGACCCCUGGACGCCCGGCAACAACUCGGGCCCCACCGUCGACUCCCCGCCGUCGCGCAUGACCAUCUGCUUGAGCAGGAUGGACAUCGUGUGGAUCGUGCUGGCCAUCAGCGUGCCGGUGUCUUCGUGCUCCGUGCUGUUGACUGUGUGCUGCAUGAGGAGGAAGAAGAAGUCGUCAAGUCAGGAGAACAACCUCAGUUACUGGAACAACGCCAUCACCAUGGACUACUUCAGCCGGCACGCCGUGGAGCUGCCCAGAGAGAUACACACUCUGGAGAGUGAGGAGCAUGACACCUGCCUACCCCCUAAUGGAGACUACAGCGGCAGCAGCGUGGUCCUGGUUAACCCCUUCUGCCAGGAGACCCUCUUCAUCAACAGAGACAAAGCUUCUGCCAUAUAGAGACAGAAAAAAAAAAAGAGAGAGAGAGGCGCUGCUGGAUUCUCCUCCUUUACUCCCCCUGCUGUUGUUGUCUAUUUUAUAUAUGUGGUAAAUAUUCAGAGACUUUUGACUUUAUACUGUAUAUUACAAACACAAAGAGCAACCUGAGAGAAGAGCGAUGUAAACAGACACUAUUUACUAUGAGGAUGCACCUGCAUAUUUUUCUGAUGUACAUUUUCUACAAAAAGGCUUAAUUGUGAUAAAGGUUUUUAUUGUCUUUAUAAAAUACAGAGUAUAUGUGGUUUUGUUUCAUUACAGUGGCUUGAUGGUGAGUGCACUGCGGAUGUGGCCACAUGAAAUCUGCUUUAGAGAGAGAAAAAUGUGCUAUGAAGACAUUUAAGCUGUUCUUUGUAAUUUUAUUUUACUUUUAAAAAUCAAUCCCAAAAUACUUAUAGCCUGUUGAACUUGAAUAUAGCACCUACAUAGUUGGGGGGAAAACAGAGGAGAUGUGGAAUAAAUGCUGGAUGUGAAAUCAGGGCCCGUAUUUAUCGAACUUCUAAGAAAACAAAUAUAUAUAAGAAUCCUCCAAAAACUAAUUAACUGAAAGUAAAGAGAGAUUUAAAGACCCACCUUUAAAUAGUAAGAGUUUAUUCGACAUGUUACUCAGUGUGAUGCUAUUAUGUAAAAAGUUAAUUUUCUGUCUGAACAAUCUUUUUUGCAGUUAAGCUGCAAAAUGAACACUACAUAUCCAAUAUAUUAAGAAUAUAUCAUUAAUUUUUCCUAAAAUUUUUAAUGUUCUCCUCAUAAAAUCACUUUCUUUCACAUGAAAAAUGCUUUAAGUGAUAAAUAAGUAAACAAAAAAAAGUACUGAUGCAAAAUUGAAUAUAACAAUCAUAAAAACGUGAACUCAAACAUUAAGAAAACGUGCGUAAAAAAUAAAUAUUAACUUAUAUAUAGGGAUUAAACAAUAGGAAAUUGGAUGAAAUCUAAACAAAAACAUAACCAACACAGAAAAGGAAAGAAACCUUGCUGCUGGUAGAUGAGCUACAUUCUAGAAAUGAUUUAAUAAUAUAUAACUCUUUGACAAGUGCAUUAAAAAUGUAGAGAAAAUGAUUCCAAAUACUUUGUUGUUGUUUUUACCCAUGACUAAUGCAGAGAGAAGAAAGAAAACGGAGUGUAACAUCCUGUUAGAUGUUAAUUAUAUGCUUUUACAUACGCAAAUACAUCACGCUUCAGCUGCUGUAGUCAUCGAGAAUGUAUGUAUGUAUGAAAGCUCUCUGAAAUACCUGUUUGUUUUUAGCUUUAAAACAUGUUUGACGAUUAGUAAAAGUGAAUCCCAUAAGGGUUUUUUAUCUUUCAGCAGUUUGAUAAAUACGGGCCCAGGUUUUAUUGGUCAGUUUGAGCAGAUUAUUUGAGUGAUUUUCAGAUGUUAGUCAAAUAAAAUGGCUUUUCCCCCUCAUGUGUCACCAGCUUCUCUGAAGAGGGACCACAUAGAUGUCUUAACUCCUUAUGUUGGCCCUUUAUAUAUCAGUAUGUGUGUGAGAAUGCCCAGUUCGUGCAUGUAAACGUGCACUGAAGCGUGCGUGUGAACAGAUAUGUCGCCCCACCCCCCUUAGCCAAAUCUCACGGUUAUUUUAAGUCAAAACAGACUUAGUAUCACUUUCGGCUCAGUUUUAUCUGUUUCUGUGUGUGCGUCUGUCCCUGUGUGUGCCUCUGUGUGUGUCUGUCACUUGUCUAUAUCGUGGAGUGGCUACUGGUUUUGUCCCAGUGUGAGGAAAAAAAAAAAGAGUUUCUCACCGCUGUAGGAAACAAUUAGACCAACCUUGCUACUGUAAGUGUCUCCCUCCAUAAACAAAAUGUGUUUGUCCAUGUGUUUGUUGAACUGCUGAAUGAUUGUGAAUUAGUUGCUGGACCACUGAAUACGUGUUAAGAGACCUUAAACCAAGAAAAACAGCGAGACAAAUAAUGUAUGAUGAAUAUUUACUGUGAGCACACACAGAGGCGGUUUAAUCGAACAUUUGAAUGUUCCGUUGCGUUUUUGAACCUGUGGUCCUUCUGUCAUCUGUUUUACUUUGCAUUGCUGCAGUUUUAUUCAGUAAUCAAUGCUGCCUGCCUCUGUCGUCGCUAAAGAUUUCCUGCAUUGUGAGAUGUUGUUCUGAAAUCACUGAGUGAAAAAAAGGUGAUGUUGAAUAACGCAGUUAAACAUAUUGAUAUUUCCUGCAUCGGAUGCUCACAGCUGGGCUUGUUGUUUUGCACGCUCAAAAAAGUGGAUAUUUUACAAAACGUUCAGUGGCACGGUGGAGCAGUGUUCAACAUUAUGUAUUUUUUGUACUGUAGUAUACACUGUACUUUUUACUGCUGAGCAAUAAAACAAAGAAAAGACGUGGA